CCCACGACCCACCAUGGCGUCCCAACUUCGGCUCCGCUCCGCGCUGUCCCUGGUUACAGGUGCGGGUAGCGGUAUCGGCCGAGCAGUCUGUGUGCGCCUGGCCAGAGAGGGAGCCGCAGUGGCCGCAUGCGACCUGGACGAGGCAGCGGCACGAGAGACUGUGCGGCUGUUGGGUGGUCCACAGAGCGAGAAAGGGGGGCCUGGCGUGGCCCAUGCUGCCUUCCAGGCUGACGUGUCUGAGGCAGGGGCUGCUAGGCACCUGCUUGAACAAGUGCAGGACUGCUUUUCUCGCCCACCAUCUGUUGUCGUGUCCUGUGCGGGCAUCACAAGGGAUGAAUUUCUGCUCCACAUGUCUGAAGAUGACUGGGACAAAGUCAUAGCUGUCAAUCUCAAGGGCAUCUUUCUAGUCACUCAGGCUGCAGCCCAGGCCCUGGUGGCCAAUGGUUGUCAUGGCUCCAUCAUCAACAUCAGUAGCAUUGUGGGCAAGGUCGGGAACAUGGGACAGACCAACUAUGCAGCAUCCAAGGCUGGUGUGAUUGGGCUGACCCAGACUGCAGCCCGAGAGCUUGGACGACAUGGAAUCCGCUGUAACUCUGUCCUCCCAGGGUUCAUUACAACACCAAUGACCCAGAAAAUGCCACAGAAGGUGCUGGACAAGGUGACUGGAAUGAUCCCCAUGGGACAUAUGGGAGACCCUAAGGAUGUGGCAGAUGUAGUUGCAUUCUUGGCAUCUGAAGACAGUGGAUACAUCACCGGGGCCUCAGUGGAAGUCACUGGAGGUCUUUGCAUGUAAUUGCCUCAGGACCCAGGAUUGUGCUCACUCCCCCACCACUCCGCUGGACCUCCUGUGGAUGAGGAUUCUAAAUUCCCAGGCAACAAAAGGGACUGCAGUGUAUGACUUAGGAAUGCUGAAUUCAGGAGGCAGGGGUGCUUGUGACCCUAAUAAAUUCCAAAUCCUCU